GCACACAGAGAACCAAUCAAGCUCAAGGGAGGGAAAAAAAAAAGAUAAAAAUAUAAGUUUGUUUACAUUUUCUUGUGUGUUGAAUUUUGAGGAGAGGAGAGUAUGACGAAAGUGAAUGGUUGGGCUGCUCUUGAGGCCAACGGGAAGAUAGCUCCUUUUGUUUUUCAAAGGAGGCAAAAUGGGGAUGAUGAUGUGAGCAUAAAGAUAUUGUAUUGUGGGAUGUGCCACACUGAUCUUCACCAUCUUAGGAAUGAUUGGGGUAUUUCGAUCUACCCUCUUGUACCCGGGCACGAGAUUACUGGCGUGGUGACAGAGAUUGGCAGCAAUGUGAAGGAAUUCAAGAUUGGAGACAAGGUGGGGGUUGGAUGCUUGGCUGCAUCCUGCCUCAACUGUGAGUUCUGUGACAACUCCGAAGAGAAUUAUUGUGAGGAGGUGCAGUUCACAUAUGGAGGCAUCUUUUGGGAUGGAAGUGUCACUUACGGUGGUUACUCUGAGAUGCUAGUGGCACACAAGAGGUACGUGGUCCAUAUCCCGGAUAACUUGCCUCUGGACGCAGCAGCGCCGCUACUAUGCGCUGGGAUCACAGUAUACAGCCCCAUGAAGCAACAUGACAUGCUCCAUCCUGGGAAAAAGCUUGGUGUUGUCGGUCUCGGAGGCCUUGGCCAUGUCGCCGUGAAAAUUGCCAAGGCAUUUGGGCUUCAUGUCACCGUGAUCAGUACUUCCCCUUCCAAAGAGAAAGAGGCCAGAGAGCAACUAGGAGCUGAUGACUUUAUAAUUAGCACUGAUCCUAAACAAUUGCAGGCUGGAUCAAGGACCUUGGAUUACAUCAUCGACACGGUGGCUGCAAAACACUCGUUGGGGCCGAUCCUGCAAUUACUCAAAGUUAGCGGGACACUGGUGCUAGUUGGUGCACCAGACAAGCCAGUGGACCUCCCGUCCUUUCCUCUCAUAUUCGGAAAAAGGAAAGUGGUCGGAAGUUUGAUAGGAGGGAUGAAAGAGACCCAAGAGAUGAUGAACGUCUGCAGUGAGCAUAGUAUUACUUGUGACAUUGAAGUGGUGAAGCCGGAGUACAUCAACGAGGCGAUCGAGAGGCUUUCGAAGAAUGAUGUCAAGUAUCGGUUUGUUAUUGAUAUUGCCGGUAAGUCUGAAAUUUAAAACUUGUUGGUGUCAGUAGUUGCUUUACUUGGCAGGAGUUAUGCUAUUUACGGAGUGGUCUUUGGAUUAUGUUUUGGUUCAUUCGUUGUAAUAAGUUUGAUUGAGAGGACAAGAAUAUUUGAUCACUUUUGUUUAACUAUGCAACUUCUUUACAUUUUCAUAUUUAAGGAAUACGAUGAAUCGAUGAUCGAUUCCGUAUUAAUAACCUUUUUCCUU